AUGUCAUGGCUUCAAGAGAAGAACCUUUCAGAACCGAGUACACCGCCGGCAUACGCAUCCGAAGAGAAUGACCAGUACUGGAGGAGGGUCGUCGCCAAGUCCAACGGCCAAUCUCGCGCUGCUGAAACGCGUCUUAACAUCCGCGGCCUCUCCUCCAAGGACUUCCUGACCUGGUUGGCCGCCGCCGGCCGCGACGAGGCCAAAAUGCAGGCUGCGCACCCAGAGCAUUACCACGUGGCCAGUACCUUUGCACGCGGCUAG